AUGGGACUUAGUCCAGAAACCCUAAUUACUUCAAAAUGCACGCGUGCCUUUCCAUUUCUCUCCUUCAGGAUAUACGCGCACCGGCAUGGGUAUCGAUUCGUGGUGGAAAACGGUUCAAAAUACACUCAGGAUAGACACCCCUCGUGGUUCAAGAUACCGUUUCUGCAGGAGCAGCUGUCGUGCUGCUGCCAGUGGGCCUUCUUUGUGGAUUCAGAUGCCUACAUGCGCAUGCACCACCACCACCUUUCCAUCGAUGACUGGAUCCAAGACAUCAAGAAACCUAACUACUUCAACUGGCUCCUGGAUGCCCAAGUGACAGACUCCUUGGAAGGCCAGGUGUGGGUCCCACAAGACCCUGCCCUGCUGCUACAGCCGGCCACCGCGCUACAGCCGGAGGGGCCCGUGGCUCUGAUACCACGGAACGGGGACGCGUGGGGGGGGUACGAUGGCGGCGCGGACUUGCUGUUUUCGGAGAACCACGAUUAUCUCAAUGCAGGGGUGCUGCUCUGUAGAAGAUCACUGGAUACCCUAGAGGUGAGUGGACUUUUGAGUCGACUUUUGAGUUGA